UUGUAUAUAUAGUCCGAAAUGUUGGUGGUUUAUCAUCACAUACCUUUUUGUGUAUCAGUAAACUGGUCCUAUUAAAAAAACAACCCAAAUCAAAAUGAAAUUCUUGGUUGUACUUGUAGCUGUCCUGGCCAUAGUCUAUGCUGAAAAGGCCAAAAAGGCCAAAGAUGCCGAACCAAACAAACAAGAAUCUUCAGCCGAAAAGAAAACUAAACGUGGCCUCUUAGGUCUUGGAUACGGAUACUCCUCUCCAUCUCAUUAUUCUGCUCCAGCAUCCCUCUCACUAGCCAGCAGCUACUCAGCUCCUCUAGCUUACUCCGCUCCAGCACUUAGUCUACCUGCCCCUGUAAGCUAUGCCGCUCCGGCUGUAAGAUAUGCAGCUCCAUCUGUCAGUUAUGCAGCUCCAGCAGUAAAAGUAGCUGCCCCAGUAUCUUAUGCCGCUCCUGCUGUAAGCUACUCUGCUCCAGCUGUCAGUUACGCAGCCCCUGCAGUAAAGAUUCACGCUCCAGUAGCUUAUGCGGCUCCGGCAGUAAGAUAUGCCGCUCCAGCUAUUAGUUAUGCAGCUCCAGUAGCUUAUGCUGCUCCCGCAGUAAGAUAUGCAGCUCCAGCUUUGAGCUAUUCCGCUCCAUCAGUCAGUUAUGCGGCCCCAGCAGUAAGAUACGCCGCUCCAGCUCUAAGCUACGCUGCCCCAGCUUUAAGUUAUGCCGCUUCGGCAGUAAAAGUAGCUGCUCCAGUUAGCUAUGCCGCUCCUGCUAUCAGUUACUCUGCUCCCUUAUUGGCCAAAAGCUAUAGCGCUCCAGUUAUUACUAAAACUGUAGUGUCAGCUCCAGCACCUUUGAGUUCUGGAUGGUGGUAAUUUUUUGUAGAGUGUAUUUAUUUGGU